AUGUCUUCUUCUCACGACUCUCCCAGGGCCUCGAUAGGUCCCCCUUCUACAGUAGGAUUUCGCUCUCGCCGCAAUUCCCUUGCUUCUCUGGCUGGCUCAGCUCCCAUCGACAAGGAACAACUGGCUCAAGCUCUGGACAAGAUACAUAGCACUGCCAGUCAUUCCGAGACGCUCACCACUUUCAAUGAGUUCACAUCUCCUCCUCCGUCUUCCACCCAUACCGAGAGCAAAGGCAUCGCUGGGGAAAUUAUGCAAAAUGGUCUCAGCGGACUGUACAGCAGAUUUCGAGGUGCUGUUGGAGUCGCCAAAGACAAGGCCGGCUCUACUUCAGCAAGCAAAGCAGACCCUGAGAGUGUCGAAACCGCGUCACUGAAAAGCCAGAAUGUUGCAACUCCUACUUCCCGUGGGUCGGUGGCUCCAACAAGGGAAGAGUCUGGGACCACGGUAUCCCCGGUUCUGCCGUCCACAACAUCUUCCCGUCUCCAAUCGCCCACGAGCUCUUCCUUUGCUGCACAGUUUUCGGAAACUCAGUCUCAAAUCAUGAAGUCUUCCAAAGCGUCGCUUGGUUCCACCCCCGCUACUACUCCAACGGCAUCUAAAUCUGGAACUUCGGGUAGGCCCCCGAUCACGCCAAUGACCAAGGCAACUGCAUCUUCGGUUAUUGUGCCAACUUUAGCUGCCGUGAAUGUCAGUGCAUUCAAGGACGGAGAUACGGAACGCAACAACGUAGAGAGCCAGAAGAUUGAAUCCCUACCAUCUCUUGCCACAGGUAAGCAUGAAAACAUGGCUACAUCGGUGUUCGACCCAAAGAGCAGACGAGCCACCAAAGGCUCAGUUGUGGAUGAGCCGGAGGCUUCGGAUAACGACCUUGAUGAGGCUAGAAUGAGUCUCGCAAAUCCACAGACUCGCCCAGCCCGUCACUUCAUGGGCGGAGACGGUAGUAUUGAGGAGGGGAAAAAGGCUGGAAGCACAAAAACUGCAUCGUCGGCCUUGUCAUCGCUGCGUGCGACUGACUUUUCCCGAGCGAAUCCCUCGUCCCUAUUGACAUCGGAUGGUGCUAAACGUCCUGCUGCCAUUGAACGCAUUGCGCAAUCUCAUUUACCUGGCUACCCAGCUUCAAGAGCGUCGUCAGCCGACCGCAGUACUGCUGAGGCGAGCCCUAUCACCACAUCUGCCCAUAACAGCGUACGUCAUGAAUCUUUUGCGGUAGACGAUCCACCCCAACGAGGUUAUCUCGGCCGACUUCGUAUUCCUGGUACAACAACCAACGAAGGAGCCCCGGAAGCUGUCAAUGCGAGGCUUGAGCGAAUGAGAAAGCAGGUGUUAAGCAAAGAGUUUUGGAUGAAGGAUGAGAUUUGCAAAGAAUGUUUCUCGUGCGGAGACUCGUUUUCUGCUUUCCGGCGGAAGCAUCACUGCCGAACUUGUGGGUGCAUUUUUGAUGCCAAGUGUACCAGUAUCGUCGAUGGUCAAAAAUUUGGCGUUCAAGGUACAUUGCGGGUUUGCAGGACCUGUCUAGAUAUCAUUACUCGCCGCCAUGAUAGCAGUGGGUCGGAAGAUUCAGAUGAUGAUUCUGCCUUGCCCUCUUUCUACCAUUCUCAGCAGGCAAAAUAUGAUGCCUCAACACGCACUGGAUCUACAGGGGCACUUGGAAACGUAAAAGAAGGAGAGCUGGCAAGCACAGAGGGUACGCCGAGACCGCUGGCUACCCCUAUGAUGGCUAUACCGGCGACUCGGAGAAUUGGCGAUCCUUCAAACAGCAGAUCUGCAAUCCUUGAGAUCGACGCCCCACAACUGAGCCGUCCCAGCUCAUCCAGGUCUCUUAAGGCUUUGUCAGCUGCUGGUCGCCCUGCCUCAUCUGGCCAUAAGAGGCACCAUUCGAAACACAACUUCUUAGGUCGUUUCAAAACAACUGCGGGGGAAAGAGCCCCAUUUCAGGGGGGCAUAACGGAGGAUUUGAGCAAGCAGUCUCGUCUGCCAGCGUUCCACGACGACAAUAUUAUCGAUCCUGACAUAGCGCCCUAUAUGUCCGAUCAAGAGUCUAGUGAGGAAGAGCAGCCGAGCAUUUAUGCGAUGAUGAACAGCGGGUCUAUAGCCAGUCCAAAUUUUGAGAAUGAUAGAUCUGGAUUUGGCUCGCUCUUGGGUGCUGGCAAGAAGCAUCGGGCAAGAAAUGGUGACAAGAGCGUCAGUGGCAUCAGCUUUACAAGUCGCGCAGACGACGUUGGUGGGAGUGUUUCUAUGGGGGGAUACAGCCGGCCAAAUCGUCGUCGUAAUCUCAGCGCUGCCAGCAACAAUCAACAUCUCUCCCGCACGUCUCCAAGGCAACCAGUUCAAGGGUUUGGUAAUUUAGACGAAGAUAUUGCCAGCGUCGACGAUAUAUCUUCCAAUGUGAACAUCGGGCCAUCAAGAAUGAUACGCAGUGUUUCCAUGAGGGACAGCAAAGCGCCAGCUAUAGAGUUGAAUAAUGCGAGCUUGCAUCACGUUCGCCGCUUGUUACAUCAAUUGCUGGAAGAUGCUAAUAUACCGAAUGUCUCAGCUUGGGAGAAAGCCCUGGUUCCUAUCCUCCUGCAGUGCACUGACGACGUCAAUCCGAAUGUCCGAUUCGGUGAUGAUAUAGAUAUCUGCCACUACGUAAAGUUGAAGAAGAUACCUGGUGGAAAACCUGGAGACACGGCAUACGUCUCCGGUAUCGUUUUCUCAAAGAAUCUCGCUCUUAAGAGUAUGCCCCGGAGCAUAUCGAAUCCACGAAUUGUGAUCAUCUCAUUUCCUAUCGAGUAUUCGAGGCAUCACAAUCAUUUCAUGAGUCUGGAGCCAGUCAUUGCUCAGGAGAAGGAAUUCCUAAAGAAUAUGGUCAACCGCAUUGCAUCCCUUCGACCGCAGCUUCUUCUAGUCCAGAAGCACAUAUCUGGUUUGGCACUCCAGUAUCUUGAAGAGGCCAAUAUUGCCGUAGCUUACAACGUAAAGCAAUCUGUCAUUGAAGCAGUCUCACGGUUUGCUCAGACAGAGAUCAUUUCCUCGAUUGAUAUGGUCGCCCUGAACCCGGUUCACAUCGGGAGGAGUGCCGGCUUCGACGUCAAGACUUAUGUGCAUAAGGAUAUACCAGGUCGGAAGAAGAGCUACAUAUACCUGUCUGGCUGCCCUAAGGAACUUGGCUGUACGAUCGCGCUCCGAGGUGCUGACAUGGCCACCCUGACCAAGAUGAAGACGAUUGCCGAGUUCAUGGUCUAUGUGGUGUACAACCUCAAGCUGGAGACAUGUUUGAUGAGAGAUGAAUUUGUACUCAUUCCAUCAAUCGCUGAGAACAGUGGAAGUACUUCACCGAGCCGGCAACAAGCCACUCAUGCGACGCAACUUGGUGGUCCGGAGCAUGUUCUGGCCGCUGCUACUGACAAGCUCCAAGCAGUCGCUGACGCGGGGAUGGUCGACCAGGUCAAUCCUCCAACAGAUGAACUUGCAAGCCAAUCAAGUAUAGCAAAUGAUGCAAGCAGCGCAGCUGUGUCUCAGCCUUCGAACGGAACCAAAUCUGUGACAUCUACUGAGCCAUCAAAGUACGUUUCCGCACAUGCAUCACAUGCACACGGCUCUCACGAAGACCAAAUUCCUGAAGACAUUCCGAUGCCAACUUUCUACAGUGACAUGGUAGCAAAGCAUCGGACGAAAAUCUUGUCUGCAUCGCCCUUCGUCAAAUUUGUACAACCCUAUCUACUAAUGAGAUCUCGUCAACAGGAGCAGAGGCUUUCUUAUCUCAAGAGGCUGCGUGACCAGGAUACUUUCGAAGAGCAGACUGACACUGAGAAAUCGAAGCCUCAAAAAUUCCAGCUCAUCAGACCAGAGAUGGUUCAUGAGACAGUCAAGAGAGCACCGCGCCAAAUAAUGGAAGUUCUCCAUGCGGUCCAUGAUGCAGAAUACGACAAAGCCCUGCACAACUACCAGACCCAGAAACGGCAGUGGGAGACCUACAUCCAAUCGAAUCUGAAUCUCUUUGAUCCUUAUGCACACCAGACCAUUACGGUUCUCUACACAGUGGUGUGUACGGCAACUACAAUCCCUUGUUCAGGACCAGACUUGGUUGCAUUCGUUUUCUAUAACCAACACUCGGAGUACGAUUCAGACUGCACACUGGGCCAGUAUGUAGAAGAUUUGUGCCUAAGUGUCAACACGGUCUGUACGUCUAACGGCUGCGAACGUAAGAUGACCGAUCAUCAUAGAACCUAUGUGCAUGGCGAGGCUCGUAUCACAGUUUUCGUUGAGAAGUCACCUUGUAAGAUCAAGGGUCUGCAAGACUCUAUCCUCAUGUGGAGCUAUUGCAAGAUCUGCCAGAAAGAGACUCAAGUCAUGCCGAUGUCCGAGAGUACGUGGAAGUACUCGCUGGGCAAAUAUCUAGAACUUUCAUUCUGGAGCAGCGAGCUUCGACUUCGGGCCGGAUUCUGUCCUCACGACAUUCAUCGAGACCAUCUACGCUAUUUCGGCUAUCGAAACGUGGCAAUUCGGAUUCACUACGAUCCUAUCGACCUUCUCGAAAUUGUAGUUCCCCGAACAAGAAUCACAUGGAAAGUCGACAACGACCUGAGGUUAAAGAAUGACUUGUUCACGAAGAGCGAAGAAAGAUGGAACCGUUUCAUGGCUUCCGUUCUUUCCAGAAUCAAAGGCAUCAACAUUGAUAGUGUUGCCCCGGAAAAGGCCGAGGCUUGCAAAGCAGAAGUUGAGAGCCUCAUGAGACGUGCACAGGACGAGCAUGCUUCACUUAUCCGGAAGCUACAAGAAAAAUACAUGGAUUCAAAGUACUAUGAGAUCAUCCCGCUGAACAGAGCAAUUCGAGCGAUGCAAGAGAAGGUUGCAGAAUGGGAUGAUGCGUUCGCCGAGUUCGAUGCCAACUUCUUCCCUUCCGAGAAAGACAUCAGAAGGCUUGCAGCGCUCCAACUGAAGAAGAUGUUUAUCGACCGGGACGAGUCAACGACAUCCAUCGCAACAGAAGCGCCAGAUGUUGGUGCUGAGGUCGAUGAAAAGUUUCCUAGCACCUCUUUGGAAUUAACGCGAAAAUCUUCGAAUGCAUCCGCCGAGGAAGUACAAGAGGUUCUGGCAUCAGUGGUAGAAGAAAACCCAACUACGCCCAUUUCUAUACCUAUUGACGGUGAGAUGUCCUCAGACGCCCCUCUGUCGCAACCAGAAGCUCUCGAUUUAGAUCGUGACGGGAUCAAUCACCUCGAUCUAGCUGCUCCAAUCCCCAACACUACAACUGAACAGCCCUUGACGGAGGAUGCCUUGUCCUCUGACCCUUGCUUGUCAGCAAGCCCUGUAGCCUCUGCGAAUUCCGGAGCCGAAGUCUCCACGUCUCCUUUGGAAUCAACGCUCUCCGAAAAAGUAGAAAAGCUCCGGAAAGCGCAUCUAAACAGCUCCGGCGAACCAUCAAUGUCGUCUGAAAUAUCCGGUAUACCACGGCCAUCCGAGAGAAAGCCAUCCCGAAGGAAUGGCAUGGCUAUCGCUCCACCCAUAAAUCGCACCCAAUCACAUCCGGCUGGGACAUUGCGCCGCUUGCCGAUUGGGAGCAGAUCAAGUACGAAGAAUGGGGAAACCAACACUAUUGAAGAUAGCUCAACACCCUCCCUCGAUUCCCUGAAGCCUUCGACCACAGAUCCUCUGAGGCCAACGGACAAGAAGCUUUCUGAAAGGCUGGGCAUCGGCUCAAUAAAGGCACAUAGAAAGGCGGGCCACUCCCUCAUUCCACGAUCUGUAAAUAGCAAACGUAAGGAGACCAAAGUAUCGGCUCUGGCGAAGCAUUUCGAACAACUUAGCCGCGAGUUUGAAAAGGAACGCAUGCGAGACAAAAAACAGCGAGCUGCGAAGGUCACCCAGUCAAGAGCUUUUCCAAAAGCGUCUUCAAAGCCCAUUGUCGAAGUCUAUAAAGACGUCAAUGAGGCUGUUGAGGAAAGAGGACAAAGCGAUGAGGCUGUGUCGGAUGUUCAGCCCACACACCCUGAUGCUGACCCUACAAGUGUCGUCGAUGGACUCGCGGACCUCAAUACGGAUUACACUACAAAUGAGCCUGGACUAGACUCGCCAACGAAUACUGCUGCUACUCCAGAUGAGGGAACGGCCGAGACUGAUGACAAUCAGCAGAAUGCCAGCCAAGCAGGAUCCGAUGAUGAGGGUGCUGCCAGUGACGUGGACCAUUCGAUGCUGGACAUGAUUCCUGGCAUUGCUGAGAUUGCGGAGUCUCUAGGUGCAGGAAAACCCAAUGCCGAAAUUCCUCUGGAGAUACCCAAGCAUGAGAAAUCAAGUCUGAUGAAAAUAUUGACCAACUUCUGGGCUGAACGUUCCGCAAGUGGAUGGACCCCUCUCGAAUAUCCUGUCAACGCCGGCGACCACAUAUUUGCAGAUGUGGACGUUAUUGUACGAGAGGACGAGCCCAGUUCACUGAUCGCUUUCACCCUGUCAACUCCGGACUAUCAGAAGAGAUUGGUGCAUCUUCGCGAGGCUAGCGCGAAAGGGGAUCAGCAGCCACCCUUAGAGCCGGACAACACAUCAGACUUCUGCGAAGAUGGCCUGGAUCAGACAGAGGUGGAAACGGCGCUGCUUCAGGCCACCGGUACACACUUAUCAUACAACUUCUCCGAUGGCUCGGCGCAAAUGAGAUGCAAAGUAUUCUUUGCGGAGCAGUUUGAUGCGGUUCGUCGGAAAUGUGGCGUCUCAGAUCGUAUUGUCGAAUCUUUGUCUCGGUGCUUGAAAUGGGAUUCUAAGGGUGGGAAAACUAAAUCAGUUUUCUUAAAGACCUUGGACGAUAGGCUUGUGAUCAAAUCACUCUCGCAGGUCGAAACCGCAGCUUUCCUCAAGUUUGCUCCGGCAUACUUCGAAAUUAUGGCUCAAGCCCUCUUCCACGAUCUUCCAACGGUCAUUGCGAAAAUGCUAGGCUUCUACCAAAUCGUCAUCAAGAAUCCCGUCACCGGGACUGAGAUCAAAUGGGACGUCUUGGUCAUGGAGAACCUGUUUUACGAUCGUUCGCCUACUCGUAUCUUUGAUCUCAAGGGCUCGAUGCGCAAUCGCAAGAUUCAGUCGACUGGUGAGCAGAACGAAGUGCUUCUCGAUGAGAACAUGGUUGAAUUUAUCUAUGAGUCGCCUCUUUUUGCUCGCGAGCAUUCUAAAAAGCUUCUUCGAUCUGCUAUUUUCAACGACACUUUAUUCUUGCAGAGGAACGAUGUGAUGGACUACUCCCUGAUGGUGGCUGUGGACGAGGCGCGCAAGGAACUCGUCGUGGGGAUUAUUGAUGUCGUCCGGACUUAUACUUGGGAUAAGAAGCUCGAAUCAUGGAUUAAAGAUCGUGGUUUCGCCGGUGGUGGACGCAACCGGCCGACUGAAUACAAGAGUCGCUUCCGCGAAGCCAUGAACAGAUACAUCCUGCAAGCUCCAAACAGUUGGCAUCAAUGGACCCAACCGCAAUUCUAUGCGAGGCCUGAGAGGGAUGGGAAGCCGGAACCGACAGCGGAUAGAACGGCAGCUUGA